UAGAUAGAUAGAUAGAUAGAUAGAUAGAUAGAUAGAUAGAUAGAUAGAUAGAUAGAUAGAUAUAUUCACAGUUACUCUCCUGACCGAAAACAGUACCGAAUCCUACUGUUUUAGGUUACGUUUUCUACGUCGGUUACCUUUCCUACGUACGACGGUUACGUUUCCUACCCAGCAGUAGGUUACGCUUAGGUUACGUCGGUUACCCACGACAUGGCGGUUACGUUUUCUACGUCAACGCGCAUGUGCAAAUAUUAAAAAUAAAUCAUAAGGGCGGCUUGCGGCGUGAAAGAUACUCUCAGUUAAGGAUUGUUGUUGUUGUUUUUUAAUCAUAUCAAUCAGAUAUAAGAAACAGAAAAGCUUUUUUUCUUUGGUAAGUUUUAUUUUGUCCUUUAACAGUUUUAAAUGUUGUAAAUGCUUAUGUAAAUAUAUUUUUUGUGGGCAACCAAAGUGCAUAGCUAGCUAACGUUUUGUAGCUAGUAACACCCCAAAUAGCAAUCUGAACUUUUUAGGUUUGUUCAAUGAAAUAACAUUAGUAGAAUUAAAGAGCUAUAGCUAUGGUCAUUUAACAAUAGCAUUAUGUUUCUUGGUAGUCUUUUUGUGUAGUUAAGUAUAUUGCUGUAGUGUGUUUUUAUAUAGUCCUUAUUCUCAUGUUGGUAUUUUGAUAUGACCUCUGAGCGUUUGUUUAAAAGCUCAUUUUAUUUUCACUAAAUUUAUUUUUACUUAUGUUUUUCUUGUUUCUUUAAAGACAAUAGCCAUGCUUGAAGUUGUUUUUCGAGAGACUCACACCUAUUUGUUUUUAAAACAUUUUGUUUAUUUUUCUCUUGUUUUUUAAAAAUAAUGACCAUGCUUGAAGUUGUUUUUCUGGAGACCCCACACACUUGUUUUAAACAACCAGUGUUGUUUAUAGAUAUAUUAUUCCUAAUCAAAAUGAUAUCAAAUCAUAACAAAAGCUGUUAUAAAUUAUUGUUAAAAAAGUGUGUUGUCUGUUGUACCCAUGCUUUCAAAUAACUUAUAUCACCGGUUUUUAUUAUGAUAAUUUAGUUAAGUACACAAUUAAGCUUUCUUUUAUAUCACACUGCAGUUGUGCUUUGCUCAAGUAUUUCAUAUAUAUUUUACAUUGUCAGAAUAAAAAAAAUCAUUUUUCAAGUUGGAAUUGUCAAAGCAGGUCACAAGAAAAGUAGGAAGCAUAUUUUAUCAUGAGUUUUGGUAAUAGUAAGCGAAAUCUUCAAGAAUCAUUUGUAUUGGUUGGUACCAUAACAGUUAUUACAAGGAAUGGGACUGAUGGCAUGGCCUAUCCUAUUAUCUUGGGAAAAAAAUGGUAACAAUUGGAAAGUUGAAACAUCGUCUACGUCAAAUAGUUUAGAAAGUAUGUUGAUGAGAGAAAAUAUCAGGUUGAAGAAGAAAAUUUCAGAGCUCGAGAACCAACUUUCAACAGACUCUACAACCUUACCUAUAGAAAAAAACUGCAAAAAAUGUCCAUUACAGUCAUGUGAUAGUUGUGUUACAAAUUUAUCUCGGCACAUGAUAGAAGUACACUAUUGGCCCCGGAGUAAGGCAAAAUAUUGCGUUGGCAUAUACGGAUUGAGGAAACCAGGUGUUAGGUUUUAGGUUGUCGAAACAAAAGAAUGAGUUUGCACCUCCAAGACGUCCACAAACUAUCAAAAGGACCUUACUAUUAUAGUAUGUUGAAAUUAGCCAGGGUGUGUGACGUUGCAUCAAACAACGAAGUACACAUAUGACAUCCAUCCCUGCUAAGCAUGUCGCCACUGAUGAUCGCCACUGAUCCGAAGUAACAGAUUCGGAUAGUGACAUGGAAGAUGACGAAGUGGUUGACUCUGCUGAAAUUUUAGAGAGGUUUGUGACAUAUAAAAUUUCAGUUGAUGGAGGGAAGAGUUGCCAAAAGAGUGCUAUUCAGUCAAAGCAGCAAUUGAGAGAUAUUUGGGCAGCUUUGGAUUUCUCAUAUCCCAGUGAUUUAGUCAGAAAAUAUAAAAUUCGCGACACCUUUUUGACAACGUAUGCCGAAAAGACAAAGGAAUACAAAGCUUUAACCAUUAAACGGUAUAUUUUGUCACUGCCACACUUCUAUGACUUUCUCCUUACUGAGGAGAUCCAUCUACCUGGAAUAGCACCAGAUAUGAUUUUAAGGAUGAAAGUUAGUGUAUCUCGAUGGAGCAAAUCUAAUAAUGUAACGGUAGAGAUACAGCAGCUUGAGAGACAGAUGGAGGAGCAACAAGUGCUUAUCACGCCUGAGCAGAUCCAACGGUAUGAGGAGUCUGCCAGUGCAAAGGAGGCUAUCUCGAUAAUUAAAAAUUUUCGUAGCCCUUACCGAGAAAACACCUUGUCUCGUCAAGAAUAUGCGUGUAUACGGGAUUUUCUCAUAACGGAAAUAACUAUAAUUAAUUGUCAGAGGUCUGGCGUACCUAGCAACAUGAACAUCGAUGAGGUGAAGGCUGCUGUAUUUCGUGAUGCUAAAUAUAUUAUUAAAGUAAAACGUCACAAGACAUUUAGGAAACACGGUCCUGUUAAUAAUCUGUGUACGAGAGAAACCUUGUACCAACAGCUCUUAAUUUUUUUCGAUUCAAUUCGCAGUCAGAUACACAGUGACUUUGAAAAUGUUUUUGUUUCAUAUAAUGGCAAGAUGUUAGAAUCUGGAGCAAUAUCGAAACAAAUUAAUAGCACUUGGAAAAGGUCCGGUGUUUAUGGUGAAAACGAUCCGCCAGUGAGGAAAAACAUCACUUCAAAUAUAUUUCAAAAGUCUGGAUCCACCAUCAUUGAAGAUAAAAAUCCAAGUGAAGCUCCAUAUGUUGCUAGCCUGUUGACGCACUCUGAGAGCACCUCAAAAAAUACUACCGUUUGAUAGAGAAGGAAAAGUAUGCCCUUAAACUUUCAACAAACGUGGCAAAACAAAUAUUUACGAAAAAAAGAAAACGUGGACUGAUGCCGAAGUCGGGGAGUUGGAGACUCUAUUUAAGCAGUUUUUGACUGCGAAAUCUAUCAGAAUUGGCGAUGUACGUAAUCUACGUGAAAAGUUUAUCCAUCUUAUUCAUUUGUCUGAUAGGCAGAUUUUAGAUAAAUUGAGAAGCUACUGGCGCUAUGGAGUCACGGAAGAGGAGAAAGAUGGUAAUGAUGCUGUUGACAACUCAUGCUCCUCUAUUGCAAAUGAAUACAAACAAUCUGUGUCAAAAGGAGGUAUGUUUGUGUUGUGCUACUUGCUAGCUUAAUUGAUUUUGAAAAAAGCGCUGAAGCUUUCACAGGCAGAAACUCGCGAAAUGCAAUUUUUUUGUGAAAUUUACAAUUCGCGAAUAUUUCUGUUGCGAAAGUUUAUGCACUUAAAGCAGCCCGAUCCAAUAUUUCUUUAGUUAAGGCUUAAUAGUGUGUGGUGUGCUCUUGUUGCGAAAACACAAUUUUGUUUUUGAUAUAGUAGAUAAGCAUCAUGGUGAAAACGAAGAUGUUGACGAGGAAAGUGAAGAUGAUGAUUAUGAAAAUACAGUUUCUGGAAAGGAAAAAAUUUUCUCGAAUGUUGAAGCUAACAUCAUUGUCGAAAAGUGUGCCGAGAUCAUUCGUUCUGGACCAAUAUCCAUCAAUAGAGUAGAACGUGCACUCGAAUCAAGCUCUGUUGGAAAACGUGUACUACAAAACUUUCACAUGUCGCAAAUACAAACAAGGCUUAAAUAUGAGCGCUUGUAGUACAGAAAAAGUUCCAGAAGAAAGUGUCUCUAAACUGUUUUAUUUCUACCUUUACUGUACGAACCAUUUAACUAUAAUUUGGUGUAGUUUCGCACACUUUUAAUUAUUUUUCCCACUAUUAAACGCUCCUCAUUGUAUGUAUCGAGAAUGUUUUCAUUUUCUUUGAAUUCUUAUGGUUCGUUAAAAAAAAGAUCUGUAGCGCACGUUUUAUUUCUUAACGGUGCUGAGACAAGAGUAUGGAUUAAAAUAAGUACCAUUUGUUAAAAAUAGUUAUAUCGUUUUGCAGUAUACAAGUUAUGUUUUAUGUGCAUCACUUGACAUUUUUAUGUAUGUUAUUUUUCUAUAUAUAUAUUUAGUUAUGCAAAAACAAUGAACAAAAUUUCCGUAA